AUGAGAGAGUAUCAACAUUUGAAAAAAACUAUGAUUAGUUUAUUUGUCUUGCUUGGAGUUGUGUUCUCUAGAAACGGUAUUUUAGUGACGGCUUUGAAUACACAUUAUCAGGCAAACUCAUUAACACUUGAUAGCAAUUUAAAUAAAAGUGGGCAUUCAAAUCAUGAACCAAAUAAUGAAACAUCCAAUGCCAAUUCAUUAUAUCUUAACACUUUAAAUACUGUUGAUAUAAUAUAUAAUGAGGGGGAAGAUGAUAAUGUUUCUUUAUAUGAAUAUUAUAGGCCUAUAUAUACACAUGAGCACAUUAGAAAUUUGUUAUCUGAUGUUAUAGCUAUUAGUGAAUGGGGAUUAAAUAGUAUAUGGAAAAAAGUUGCCGAUUAUAGUGGAAAAAUAAAAAAAUUAGAAAAUUCAUGCGGUGAAAUGAAAAAAAGCUUAUCUACGGAAAUAGAAAAUUUAGAAAAUCCGACAUAUAAUUAUCAAAAUAAUACAUUUCAAAACACUUUUAGUUUAUUAAAAACAAAAAGAGAAGAUUUGAUUCAAUGUGUAAAAUCAAAUUACAGUACACUUAAUAAAGAUAUAAAAGAUCUUGCGAAUGAAGAUAAAUAUAAUAUGUAUGAUGUUAUGGGAAUAAAUCCAUCUUCGAUAAUUGCGCCAAUUUAUAAUACCCGUCUUGAUUUAAUUAAAAAUGAAAUUGAAAAAGACUUACCAAAAAUAAAAAGUUUGUCUCUUAAUGAAGCAGAAACACUUUCAAAUUUCAUAAAUCAAAUUGCAAGUAUUGCUGAAAAUGAACCUGAAUUAAAAACUAUUUUAGAUACAAUAAAAUUUAUGCAAAAACAAAUUAACCAUAUAAUAAAACUACACAAAAAGUAUACAGAUAAUUAUAAUACUAAAUACAAUAUUAUAAUGAAAUUACAAAAAAUUGAAGAUGCUUAUAAGGUAUCUACAGACCAUACCAUAAAAAAUAUUUCUGGUUUAGGAGAAAAUUAUGCAAAUUCUAAAUAUAAUUAUAAUAUAUUAAUUGAUUUAGACAAAUUAUAUAAUAUCAAAAAGACACAAAUGAAUAAUAUUUUUAUCUUUCUCACACAAAUUUUAAUUGGAAAAGUAGAUCCAAGUUCUAAUAAAAUAGUUCAGGAUGGUAGUUACGAUUACAAUAUGUCACAACCUAAAGAAAUAUUAAACAAUUUAAAAGAUCAAUUUCAUAAAACAUUUGGAAAAAAUGUAGAUUCAUAUGACAAAAAUGUAGACAUAAAGGAUUCUGAAAAUGAAAGCAAUGAUGUAAUACCCAAAACAGUGGUAUUAAUAAAACAAUUAGAAGAUUUAAUUAAAUCAAUGGAAAGUAUAUAUAAUAAUGAUGUACCAAUAUCUGAAAUUCAAACAGAGAUAUACAAAAAAACAAAUACAUUGAAUUUAAAUGAAAAAUUAAAUGGAUUCAAAAAUGCGGUAGAAGAAGCAAGAGAAUGGAAAACUAAAAGAAAAUUGACCAUAACCACAUUAAAAGAAAAAUAUGAAACAGUUCUCAAUUUGCAAACUCAAAUUAACCAAUUGUGUCAAUCAUUUAGUGAAAAAAAUAGGAAGAAAAAGUACGUGCAUGAAUCUAAAAGUAUAUUAAAAACAAAAGCAAAACAUAUAAAUGAAAAGAAGAAAUACCUAGAAAAUUUAAUUGAAUUAAAAAAGAAUAUAGAAAAUCAUAUUAAUCAAAUUAACACUUUAUUAAAUAAUCCGUUAUAUGAAAUGGCGGAAUAUAAAAAAAAAAAAAAUAAAAUAAAUGAUGAUAUAGAAUUAGAGUUUAAAAAUUUCUAUAAUGGUGGAUUAGAAAAUUUGGUUGCAGAAUGUUCAAAUUUGGUUGAUGAAAAUAUAAUUGAAGCAGCACAAAAUGAAGAACAAAUUAAAAAUUAUUUAGAGGAUGUGGAUGCUAAAUAUAAUAAAAUCAAUAAUAUUAAAUUUGAUGAAUUUCCCAAGGUCUUAAAUAAUGUGAAUAAUAAAAAAGAAUCUCUUUUAGAACUUAUAAACGAAAUAAAAAAGUAUACAUAUUAUCAUAUGAUAAAUGAUUUAUCAAGUAUGCUAAAUAGAGUUCAAACUGUAGAUGAACACUUAACACCUAAUAUGGAUAGUUAUUUGGGUUUAUACAAUGAACUAAAAAGUUAUAAAGAAGAGAUAUUAAAAAAGAAUAAUUUGAUCGUUCAAAAUAAUUAUAUAAACAAUGGCAACUAUCCAGAUUAUGGAUAUAAUUCUAAAAAACUAUUAGAAUAUGGUAAUAAUUUUUUAUCCAAAGAAAAUAUAAUACUUAGAGAUAUUGAAGAAAUGCGUAAAAUUUCAGAUGAAGUUAAAACAGUGUUACCAAAAUAUAAUAAUGAAGCCAAAAAAAUAACCCCUGAUUCAAGCGGUGAAUAUUCACAAGUUAAUAAAAUAAUAGAACAAAUAAAAGAGUAUACUUCAGAAAAUUACUUAAAUAAAUGUAGAAAGAAACUUAAUGAUAUUAAAAUGGAAAUUACUAAUGCAACAAACCAAAUUCAAGACAGUAAUAAAAACAUGGAAAUUUUUAAAAUGUUAAAUAAUGGAAUGCAGAAAUAUCAAUCAGUUAAUGAAUUGAUUAAAAAUGUAAUAAAUGGUAAAAAUGUAUUAGAUGAAUUAUUGAGCCAAAGUAUUCAAACAAUACAAAAUUAUGAUGACAUCAACGAAAAUAUCAAAAAUAGUUCUAUAGAAACAUUAAAUAAUAAAAUAUCGAUGAUUAAUAGUAAAUUAAACACUGAAGCUAUAAAUGAUCUUGAAACCAAAUUAUCAUCAUUAAACGAAUAUUUUAUGUCGAUUAAACAAAAAAUAUUGGAAAAUAGCGAAGUACAUGUUGAUAAUUUACUGGAAAAUGUCAAUCAAAUUGAUCAGGUUCAAGUUUUAACAAGUAAAUUAUAUGGACAAUACAUAUCAUUAAAAAUGGAUAUCGAAAAAUCAAUUAAUGAUAUUAAUAAAGAAACACAAAAACAUCAAAAUGGAAGUUCACAAAUGCAUGGAAAUACGUUGGAUAAAACAAAUGGAAUGCUAUCAAAUAAUAAUUCAAAUAAAACAAACUAUACAAAUGAUGACGACACUGAAAACAAUAAUAAACAAAAUGGAUAUUUUGAUCCAAAAAAUUCAAGUUACUACGCAUAUGCUGGAGUAGCUACGCUGUUUCUAGGCAUUUAUUGUAGCGUUGCAGCCCAAACAAAUAAAAACGGUGAGGAAGCUUGCUUUACUAAUGAGGUAGACUAUUUUGAUGGUGGGGAAAAUUGGAGACAUGACCAAAAUGACGAUAUAGAGAUAUAUUUAGAUGAAAAUAACUACAUGUAA